CUGAAGUCUUCAAAGUGUCUACGCGUGCUACAAAGUGAACAAUCACGCUACAUUCCGGCCAUUCUAAGCGUUGACUCAAAUUGACGUUUAAUUAUCCCGAAUUUUUCGGAAAAGAAAAAAAUUGGAGUGUGAACGAUUAUUCGAGGCACGUUUAAGACGAGUGACAAACGUUGCAUGAAGCCCGUCCUCUUUAUACCUUUGCUAGACGUUUGAACUUUGGAGGGCUGGCCUGACUCCUUUAGGAGCCAGCAGGUAAUUCGGAAACUCUACCGGACAUGCUGACUAUUUAUGUCCAUCAAUCAUACCUCUAAAAAAUAUCGAGUAUCAAGGGAAAAAUGUCAGCCCUCUAAAGGUUAAUGAAUGAUUGUAUUGUAUCACUAUUGAAAACUACACGCACACAAAAGUACUGCGAAUAUUAUCCGGAAUAUGAGAAGUGCAAACACUGGCUGGAGAGAAACCUUCCUACAGAAUUUGAGAAAGUUAAAUUAGAGGAUGCAGCAGCUGAUUCGGGAGGUGGGGAAGAUGAGAAGAAGCGACAGAAACGAGGUGGUAAAGGAAUGUUAAAAACAAAGAAGAAAGAAGACGUACCAAAAUUGGUAACUGUUUCAAGGGCUCCAAGAGGCAAAAAGAAGUCUGUCACAGUUGUUACGGGUCUUAGUACGUUUGAUAUCGACCUUAAAGUAGCAGCUAAAUUUUUUGGUAGUAAAUUUGCAUGUGGCUCCAGUGUAACGGGGGAUGACGAAAUAGUAAUUCAAGGAGAUGUCAAGGAUGACUUGUAUGACGUUAUCCCUGAAAAGUGGCCACAAAUUGAUGAGGAUUCAAUAGAUGACCUUGGCGAUCAGAAAAGAUAGUGGUACAGCCAUUUACGUAUGCUAAUUGAUAUUUUGUCAUGACCUCGGAUGUUUAUUAUAAAUAAAUGUACAUAAAAUAA